AUGCUAUCAACAAGAAAAGAUAUUGAUUUGUUAAAAUAUUUCGAUAAGAAAAAACGAAGCUCUGCUUGGAAAAAUGAAAUCUGUCGUCGUAUAGUUGAUAUUUAUAAACAGUUAAAGAAACGAGGUGUUCAUUCAUCCAUUCUUAUUAAUGCGGCUGGUUUCACAUACACCGACAUUGAUGAUACUGCUCAUUGUCUCACAUGUGGUUUAGAAGUAUCUGCAUGGACAACACAAAUGAAUCCAUUUACUAUUCAUGUUCAACAAAGUCCGAAUUGUUCAUUCGUUCAAUCGAUUGUAUCAAAGAAUCGAAUGAACUUUUCUUCUUCAAAUGGUUCGAUAAUAGAGAAUCAAACUUUUGAAUUAUCACAACAUAAAAAAAUCGAUCAAAAGAUCAAUCAUUGUCUGGUAGAAGUUGAGAUAAUGAAAGAAGUUCGUUGUCGAACAUUUUCACAUUGGCCUCAUCAGAAAGUACUAUCUCGAACACAAAUGAUUUCGGCUGGAUUUUUUUAUUGUAAUGUUGGUGAUCGUGUCAUUUGUUUAUAUUGUAAUUUAAUUUGUCAACAAUGGACACCAUAUACUGAUGAUCCAGAGGAAGUACAUCAAACUUUUUCACCUCUAUGUCCAUAUGUUUUAUUUAUUUUAAAAACUUGUCAAACAUCAACUGCAUCAAUUCUUAAUGAUAGUUCGAAUAAUCGAGCAUUACGAUCUAAUCGAUUGCGAUUUAAUGAAAUAGUUCAAGCAUCAGCAUUUCAUCGAACCUAUGUUGAAAUUUCAAAACGUCAAUCAUCAUUUAAUUCUUGGCCUCAAGAAGACUUACCUUCUAUAGAUGAUCUUGUUCGAGCAGGAUUUUUUUAUACUGGUUCAAAAACAAUUGUUACCUGUUUUUAUUGCAAUGGAUCACUUCAAAAUUGGGGUCCAAAAGAUAAUCCAUUGAUUGAACAUGUACGUUGGUUUCCACUUUGUGCCUAUGCUAAACAAUUAUGUGAUGAUGAACUAUAUCGAAAAAUUCAAGAAUCAAAACGAAUUCAUCAAGAAAAUGAUUUUGCUACUGAUUGUGAUUUAUUAAUUGCUUGUAUUAUUCUUCAAAAACAAAUCGAUCAUAUCAAUGGUCGUCAAGAAAAUAUUAUUGUACCGAGUAUCAAGAUGAAGAUGAUUCGCGAGAUAGAACAAUUCAGUUCAUCAUCGUUCACGUCAACAUCGAACGAACCAUUUUUAUCAAAUUCAUCGAAUACUAAUAACACGAUCGAAUCAAAAUCAACAAUUGCAAUGAUCGACAAUCACACAAAAACUGAAACAAAAGCUAGUUCGACAACGGAUUUAGCGUCGUCGAAUUUGUGUAUAUUUUGUUUAACAGAAGAUAAACGCCUUGCAUGUCUUCCAUGUGGACAUUUGGCAACUUGUGUUCCAUGUGAUCAUUCACUUCGAAUAUGUCCAGUUUGUCGAAAAGAAAUAGAGGCUUUUGUACGCAUCUACAUAUAA